AUGGCGGGCAAAAGAAAAGCUCGCGACGAGGAGUUUAUUUUCACCUUAUCCGAUGAAGAGACGCCCUACAUUAACGGCGGGGACUUCGACGAAGAAGACGAUGAUGUGGCCCCGAGUAUAAAUAAAUCGAAAAACACCAAAACACUCAAGUCUAGGGUGGAACCAUCGUCGAAGAAACGAAGGAACGAAGAAUCUACCACUGGUCACCAGAAUAAGAAAUUGAAGCAGCAAGAACAAGGGCAACAGAAGGGAUUGAAAGGGAAAAGGGCUAUUGCCAAUGGGUGGGAUGCAGAGAAUGACAGCAAUGGAAGUGGAGAGGAUGAAGAAGAAGAAGAAGACGAAGAAGGGGAAGAAGGCCUCUUGGAUUCCGACUUUGAAUUCGAUAUCGGCGGGGCCACGAAUAUUGGACUUGUCGAAGAAUUCGAUGGCUGGGGCGCAGAGGACCGAGAUAAGCAGGGAAAUAUGGGCGAGGCUAAGAAAGGAGUUGAUCUAGAUGAGAUUUUGUGCAGAAGAAGGCAGAAGAAGCUGGAGAGCCAGGAGAAGAAGACAAGGGAAGCUGCAAAGUCAAAUGUGGAUGAUUCCUUUGAGGGACUAAGUGAUGAUGAUGGUCACAACGAGGAUGAAAAUGAAGAUAACGAGAUGCCGAACUUUGACGACGACGAGCUUCUGGCGCCAGAUGCUUUUGGGAUGGGUGCUGAAGGCGAAUCGGAUGAACAGGGCAAAGCGAAUGCAGACAAAGGAUCAGACGACGAGUCGAUGCCCGAUGCUAAUGGAGCCGAUGAAGAAGACGCCUCUGAUUCAGACUCUGUAGCGUCACCGGUUGCCCACCCGGACGACCUUCGGUCCGAUGAAAGUUCAGAUAGCGAGGAGGAAGACCCUGAAGAGGUUGCGAAAAGAAAUGCUUUCUUCGCGCCGGAGGAAAAUCCAACCAAAUCCGAAGAAACAUCCUCGAAUUCUACGUUUCAGAAUUUUAAUCUAUCUCGACCGAUCCUUCGUGGCCUGGCUGCCGUUGGGUUUUCUGCUCCCACUCCGAUCCAGCGAAAGGCGAUUCCCGUUGGCCUACUUGGUAAAGAUCUUGUCGGCGGUGCAGUGACCGGUUCCGGAAAGACUGCUGCUUUUAUAAUUCCUAUCCUGGAACGGCUGCUCUACCGGCCUCGGAAAGUUCCAACCAGCCGUGUUGCUAUUCUGAUGCCUACUAGAGAACUCGCUGUGCAGUGCUACAACGUCGCAACAAAGCUGGCCACUUACACCGAUAUCACAUUCUGUCAGCUUGUAGGUGGUUUCAGUUUACGAGAGCAAGAAAACGUUCUGAAGCAGCGGCCCGACGUCAUCAUUGCGACUCCCGGUCGAUUUAUUGAUCACAUGAGAAAUUCUGCGAGCUUUACUGUUGAUACCCUCGAAAUUUUGGUUCUCGACGAAGCAGAUCGUAUGCUUGAAGAUGGGUUUGCCGAUGAAUUGAACGAGAUCCUGAACACCAUCCCAAAGUCCCGGCAAACAAUGUUGUUUUCUGCAACGAUGACGGAUUCAGUUGACAAGUUGAUUCGUGUUGGCCUCAACCGACCGGUAAGGUUAAUGGUUGAUUCGAAGAAGCACACCGUAGGCACUCUGGUCCAGGAAUUUGUGAGGCUACGACCAGGAAGGGAGGGCAAGAGAAUGGGAUACCUUGUCCUACUUUGCAACACCAUCUACACCAACCGUGUUAUCGUAUUUUUCCGUCAGAAAAAAGAAGCUCAUCGGGCUCGAAUCAUAUUUGGCCUUUUAGGGCUGAAAGCGGCUGAAUUACAUGGAAGUAUGAGUCAAGAACAGCGAAUUAACGCGGUAGAAGCUUUUCGGGACGGUAAAGUACCGUUUCUUUUAGCUACGGACCUUGCCUCCAGAGGUCUGGAUAUCAAAGGCGUCGAAUCUGUGAUCAACUAUGAAGCACCUCAGUCCCAUGAAAUCUACCUUCAUAGAGUUGGCCGUACUGCCCGUGCCGGGCGCAGUGGCCGGGCAUGCACGAUCGCAGCAGAGCCGGACCGCAAAGUUGUCAAGGCCGCUGUCAAGGCUGGACGCGCGCAAGGCGCAAAAAUAGUGAGCCGCGUGGUAGACCCUGCCGUUGCCGACGAAUGGGCAAGCAAAGUGGAGGAGAUGCAAGCCGAAAUCGAAGAUAUCCUGAAGGAAGAGAAAGAGGAGAAGCAGCUUGCGCAGGCAGAAAUGCAGGUCAAGCGGGGGCAAAAUCUGAUCAAGCACGGGAGCGAAAUUAUGGCGCGUCCAAAACGGACAUGGUUCGAGACAGAGCGCGAGAAGAGAGAAGCCAAAAAGCGGGCUCUGAGCGAACUCAACGGUCCGGAUUCGGUUAUCAAGAAAGAAAAGCGGAAGCUAAGCGGCAAGGAGAAGAAGAAACUCGACGACAAUCGGUUACGAGAAGAGGGGAAGAUCUGGAAAAAGGGCAAAAAGGAGCGAGAGAGCAAGGGUGACAUGCGGAGUCAGGGGAAAGGAAAAGCAAAGAAGGACAAGGUUAAAGCUAAAAAAGCAGCUAGAUAA